GCCCGGCCGUGUCCCAUCGUCGUAUUUUCGUGGCCCCUCCGUCUUUUGGCCAGGCAAGCAUCAUCUCCCUUUUUCCUGAACAACAACACACACACGCACACACACACGCCCGCCUCUCCCUCUGUGUGUCGUCGUGGUCUUGAUUCUUCUCUUUCGCUCCCCUUCAACUUGUUCGUUCCUAGUAUCAGUCCAGUCCAUAAAUUUGGUGACAAUACCGGUCGAAAGAAACAGAGGCAACAACAUCCACGCCUUCUCCUCCCCCCGCCUCGGGACAUUCGUCUCACAAGGACACCCGCCAUGCCCAGCAACGUCGGACGAACGCUGGCCAAGGGCCUUGGCAUCGAUGUCGACGCCCGGUACCGUAACGAGCCCACCGAGGUCGUCCAGUCCGCCGCCGCCUCCUUCCAGUCCGUCGAGCAGUACGAGGAGAGAGAGCCCACCGUCGCCGAGUUCCUCCAUGCCCACCGGCCGACGGUCCACGGCGCCGUCGCCUACCUCAAGAGCCUGUUCCCCUUCUGGUCCUGGAUUUUCCAUUACAACGCGACAUGGCUGUUGGGAGAUGUCAUUGCCGGUGUCACGGUCGGCUUCGUCGUCAUCCCCCAGGGCAUGGCGUACGCGCUCCUCGCGCAGCUGACGCCCGAGUACGGCCUGUACACGUCCUUCGUCGGCUUCAUCCUCUACUGGGCCUUCGCGACGUCCAAGGACAUCACCAUCGGCACCGUCGCCGUCAUGUCGCAGCUCGUCGGCAACAUCGUGCUGCGCGUGCAGGACUCGCACCCGCAGUACGGCGGGCCGCAGAUCGCCCAGGCCCUGGCCGUCAUCUCGGGCGCCGUGCUGCUCUUCAUCGGCCUCGUCCGGCUCGGCUGGAUCGUCGAGUUCAUCCCGCUCGUGGCCAUCACCUCCUUCAUGACGGGCGCCGCCGUCAGCAUCGCCGCCGGCCAGAUCCCGGCCCUCCUCGGCCUGCAGGGCGUCAACACGCGCAACCCGACGUACGAGGUCAUCAUCGACCUGCUCAAGGCCCUGCCCACGGCCCGCAUCGACGCCGCCAUGGGCCUGUCCGCCCUCUUCCUGCUCUACGCCAUCCGCUCCUUCUGCAGUGUCAUGUCGAACCGCCAGCCGCACCGCAAGAAGUUCUGGUUCUUCAUGUCCACCCUCCGCAUGGCCUUUGUCAUCCUGCUCUACGUCCUCAUCAGCUGGCUCGUCAACCGCCACGUCAACUGGAACGCCAAGAAGGCCAAGUUCAAGAUCCUCGGCAAGGUCCCCAGCGGCUUCCAGCACACCGGCGCCCCCAACAUCGACACGGAGCUGCUGUCCGCCAUCGCCCCGGAUCUGCCCGUCACCAUCAUCGUCCUCAUCAUCGAGCACAUCGCCAUCUCCAAGUCCUUCGGCCGCGUCAACAACUACGUCAUCAACCCCUCGCAGGAGCUGGUCGCCGUCGGCUUCACCAACCUGUUCGGGCCCUUCCUCGGCGCCUACCCGGCCACCGGAUCCUUCUCCCGCACCGCCAUCAAGUCCAAGGCCGGCGUCCGCACGCCCCUCGCCGGUAUCUUCACCGCCGUCAUCGUUCUCCUGGCCCUCUACGCCCUGACGUCGGUCUUCUUCUACAUCCCGAUGGCCACCCUCGCCGGCCUCAUCAUCCACGCCGUCGGCGACCUCAUCACGCCGCCCAAGGUCGUGUACCAGUUCUGGGAGGUGUCGCCCCUCGAGGUCUUCAUCUUCUUCGCCGGCGUGCUGCUCACCAUCUUCACCAACAUUGAGAACGGCAUCUACCUGACCAUGUGUGCCUCGGCCGCGCUCCUCCUGGUGCGUCUCGCCAAGGCCAAGGGCCACUUCCUCGGCCGCGUCCGCGUCUACCGCGCCACCAAGGACACGACCGGCAAGGGUGUCCCCUUCAACGACCAAGGCGAGGCCAUCGAGAUCCCCUCGCGCGAGGCCUACGUGCCGCUCGCCAAGGACGAUGGAACGAACCCCAACAUCGACGUGCAGAGCCCCUACCCGGGAGUCUUUGUCUACCGCUUCGGCGAGGGCUUCAACUACACCAACCAGGCGCACUACAUGGACGGCCUCGUCGCGUACGUCCAGAAGCACGCCCGCCGAACGAUCCUCGACCGGUACGAGAAGCUUGGUGACCGUCCCUGGAACGACCCCGGCCCGCGCCGUGGUGCCAAGAUCGACAUGGAUGACAACCGCCCCAUCGUCCGGGCCAUCAUCCUCGACUGCUCGGCCGUCAACAACAUCGACGUCACGUCCAUCCAGGGCCUCAUCGACGUGCGCAACCAGCUGGACCACUACGCCGAGCCCGAGGUGGUCGAGUGGCACUUCGCCAACGUCAACAACCGCUGGACGCGCCGCGCCCUCGCCGCCGCCGGUUUCGGCUUCCCCUCGCCUAAGGAUGAGAACAACCUGGGCCGGUGGAAGCCCAUCUACAGCUUCGCGCCCGUCGACUCGGGCUCGGGCCACGAGCCGCACGUCGCGGCGCCGCGCAGCCGCGACGAGGAGGAGGACGUCAUCUCGCCGAGCAAGGGCAACACCGACGGCGCGGCGCAGGUCGUGGGCCGCGGCGACGGCAAGCUCGCCGCCGUGCAGGGCAUGAACAGGCCUUUCUUCCACAUCGACAUCGCCGCCGCUGUUGAGAGCGCCAUCCUGAACGCCGAGAGCAAGAGCGAGGGCCAGACGUCGCCGGCGAACUCGGUCAUCAAGAGUGGUUAGACGGGAUGGCUGUUGCUGUUGCUGUUAUACAUUUGUACGAGCGACGAGGACGAGGACGAGUGCGCAGCGGUUGUUCUUCACCAAGACAUAGAUACUGAUACCAGAGUUGUUGUUGUUGUUGUUGUUGCUGUUGCUGUUACAUAUGGCCGGUCUAGACUCUGCUCAGUUAUGGAGAGAGAAACGGCCGGAGAGGAUGACAACCCUCAUUAUAUCUUCUAAUUCAAUCACCCAAGUGCAUGUUUUCAUGUUCACAGUCAGCCCAAC